AUGCCAGCGAAGUCCGCUAGAGAGUGUCUUGAUGGCAACGAUGCAAGCAUGGUUCGGCUUGGGAUACACCGCUGUGGUCUUGGUGGAGUUGAUCCCCACGCGUGUCUCGAGGCCGGUCUGUGGUUGGUGAAGAAACCGUCAUGUCCCUUCCUCUUGCUGCUAGCCAGGCAACGAAGUUCCAAGCGACAAGCAACCGGGCUAGAACUACCGCUGCUUGGCAGCGACUUGGAACCCGAGCAUUUCCUCAACGUGACGCUGAGCUGUCUCAGUCGCCGGCUGUGA